AUGUUGAAAUCGCAUUUUAAUAUAGCUCACACUGAAACCGAAGUGGUCGAAGAGGAGCAGGAACAAGAGGUUGAUGUUGUUGAGGAGACUGAGAUCCCUGAGCGGUCGCUCAACAAGUCAGAGAUUAGCGUCAGGCUCAGCUUGCUCGGCAAGACUGCUGAGGGGGAUGGGUACACGUACUUAAAAUGCAAAAUAACAGGACUAAAGAUGACACGUAUAGACGCAAUAAAGGGCUAUCGUCAUCUCAUGUUCUUAGACGUGUCCAACAAUUACCUGGACAUAAACGCCUUACAAAUCAUCACGGAACUGCCUUACUUGAUCCUUAUACAAGCCGACGGCAACAGGCUGACUUCAGCCGGCUUGAAGCAAAUGAAGUACCUACAAUGCAUCAUAUGUAACAACAAUCAAAUCACUUCAGUAAACGACGUGUUCCAAGAGCAACUGUCCACCUUAGAACUGGCUGAUAACAAAAUAACAAGUGUAGACUUCGCCACAAAAAUGCCGACAUUACGAGUUCUAGAUUUCCGAUUCAACCAAAUUAAGGACAUUUCGAAUUUCAACUUUCCGAAUUUAGAUAGCUUGUACUUGGCGGGAAAUAAGAUAACGACCCUGGCUGGGUUGGAGACGUGUGUCAAUUUGAGAAUACUUCACGUGCGCAAUAACCCUAUAAAGCUACUGAAUGGCUUCGAUGAGGCGCAUACGAAGCUCCAGUACAUCAAUUUAAGGAAUUGCAAAGUCGGAACGUUAAGACAAAUUAAAAAGCUGAGGGUACUGACAGCCCUCGAGACGCUUACCCUGAAGGGGUGUCCAUAUUUUGGAGGGACCGGGGGAGAGGAUGAUGACGAUAAAGAUGCGAAAGAUGAAGAGGACGAUCCUCAGUUGAGGGUCGAGGUGCUAGCCGUACUGCCUCGACUUAAGAGGCUCAACAAAGAUAUGAUUACACCUGAAGAAAGACAAGAGUGCAAAGAGCUGAUAGCAACGUGGGCUGAAGAAGGUGAAAAAGAAGAAGAGGAGGAGAUAGAGGACGAACAAAUGAUGGAGGAAGCAUCAGCCGUGGAGGAUUAACUAAUGCAUUAAAAAACCGGCCAA